CCGAUCACCGAAGUGUCCAAAUUUUCUACUACCCCCUCACUUCACUAGAAGUUAUUCCCCCCCCCCCCGACGAGCUCAGGGGGGGAGAAAACCUAGCUCCAUCAAUGGAAAAUUCACCAGAGUUUCGGAGGUUUGAUUCGAUUGAGAGUUCCGAUUAAGAUGGGUUGCGCUGUUGUUUGUUAAUCGAAACGGCUGCCGGCGGAUUGAUAUGGAGAUUUUGAGGAUGGCGUUUUGCGCGGAUCAGAGGACAGCUAAGUUCACCUGAGGAAUUUGUCGGUUUGGGGAUUGAAUCAGGGAUUGGAUUUUAUUUUUUUUUGGUGUACUUUGGGGUGAUUUUUGAUGCAGUGUUUCAAAUUCAAUUCUUCUGCUGCUCUGCUGAACAUUCUGUGGUACAGGAUCAGAUAGAGAAUUUGAGGGUUUUGAAGGGGUUAGAGUUUGUUGCAAUGUCUGCUGCUUCUUGUGCGAAGUGGAUUGAUGGGCUUCAGUUCUCGUUGUUGGUUUGGCCGCCACCUCAAGAUGAGCAGCAGAGGGAGGCACAAAUUAUGGCCUAUGUUGAAUAUUUUGGCCAGUUCACCUCUGAAAAUUUUCCAGAAGAUGUGGCUCAGCUAAUCCAGAGUCAUUAUCCAUCUAGAGAAAAGCGACUUCUGGAUGACGUCUUGGCAAAAUUUGUUCUUCAUCAUCCAGAGCACGGACAUGUUACUGUACAUCCAAUACUUUCUUGUAUAAUUGAUGGAACUCUGGUGUACAAUAAGCAUGAUCCUCCAUUUUGUUCUUUUAUAUCUUUAUUCAGCCAAAGUUCUGAGAAAGAGUAUUCAGAACAGUGGGCUCUGGCAUGUGGAGAAAUUUUACGAGUAUUAACUCACUACAACCGGCCAAUAUUCAAAGUCGAGAAUCACAGCUGUGAGGUGGAGAGGAGCAGUACUAGUAAGCAUGCCACAACAAGUGACUGCAGGGAGGGGGAACCUUGUCAUUCACUUGUGCAGGAAAAUGACAGCAAGCCCGUGCGGCCUUUAUCUCCAUGGAUUACAGAUAUAUUGAUUGCAGCACCAUUGGGGAUUAGAAGCGAUUACUUCCGCUGGUGCAGUGGGGUCAUGGGAAAAUAUGCAGCUGGUGGAGAAUUAAAGCCACCAAUGAUUAGUAAUAGUCGUAGGUCUGGAAAACAUCCUCAACUUAUGCCAUCCACCCCUAGAUGGGCUGUUGCUAACGGUGCCGGUGUUAUAUUGAGCGUUUGUGAUGAGGAGGUUGUCCGCUAUGACACUGCAAAUCUUACAGCUGCUGCUGUUCCUGCUCUAUUGCUACCUCCUCCUACAACUGCCCUUGACGAGCAUCUAGUAGCAGGCUUGCCAGCCCUUGAGCCAUAUGCUCGUCUAUUUUAUCGAUACUAUGCAAUUGCAACUCCAAGUGCUACACAAAGACUUCUUCUUGGACUUCUUGAAGCACCACCAUCAUGGGCUCCAGAUGCACUUGAUGCUGCUGUACAACUUGUGGAACUCCUCAGGGCAGCUGAGGACUAUGCAUCUGGCAUGAGGCUUCCAAGGAACUGGUUACAUUUGCAUUUCUUGCGUGCAAUUGGAACUGCAAUGACAAUGAGAGCUGGUAUUGCUGCAGAUGCUGCUGGUGCUUUACUUUUUCGCAUACUUUCUCAACCAGCAUUACUUUUUCCUCCCAUAAGGCAUGCUGAGGGGGUUGAAGUACACCAUGAACCUCUAGGUGGCUACAUAUCAUCAUACAAGAAGCAGUUAGAAGUACCUGUUGCUGAAGCCACUAUUGAGGCAACUGCACAAGGGAUUGCUUCAAUGCUAUGCGCUCAUGGUCCCGAUGUUGAGUGGAGAAUUUGCACCAUCUGGGAAGCUGCUUAUGGCCUUCUUCCUCUGAGUUCAUCUGCUGUUGAUUUGCCUGAAAUUGUGGUUGCUACCCCGCUGCAGCCUCCAGCUUUAUCGUGGAGUUUGUACCUACCACUGCUUAAAGUGUUAGAGUAUCUCCCUCGGCGAAGUCCAUCCGAGGCAUGCCUGAUGAGAAUCUUUGUGGCUACUGUGCAAGCAACACUGCAAAGAACCUUUCCGCCAGAAAUCUCUGUUGAGCAGUUCAAAAAAUCGAGACCUCAUGGUGGAACGUGGUCCACCACAAAGAACUUAGCUGUUGCUGAGUUGCGAACAAUGAUUCACUCACUCUUUCUUGAAUCUUGUGCAUCUAUGGAACUCGCCUCUCGCUUGUUGUUUGUUGUGCUAGCUGUUUGUGUCAGUCAUGAAGCCUCUCCCAAUGCAGCCGGUAAUGACACCCUUGUGUUGGAUGAAAGCUGUGAUGAACCUCAAACAAGCAACGGGAAAAGAACUAUGAAAACCAGAAAGAAGAAGAAACAAGGGCCGGUCACAACAUUUGAUUCAUAUGUGCUGGCUGCUAUAUGUGCUUUAUCCUGUGAACUUCAAUUAUUACCUUUAAUCGCUAAAAAUGGCACACAGCAUCCAGACUCUAAACAUUGUGCAAUGAUGAUGACCGCAAAAACCAAUGGAAUUGCUAAUGAACUGCAAAAUAGUUUCUGUUCUGCAGUCCGUCAUACUCGUAGAAUCCUUGGUAUUUUAGAAGCCCUGUUCUCACUGAAACCAUCAUCUGUUGGUACCUCAUGGAGUUAUAGUUCAAAUGAGAUUGUGACUGCAGCUAUUAUUGCUGCUCAUGUUUCUGAUUUAUUUAGACGUUCAAAAGCAUGUGUCAAUGCCCUCUCUGAUUUAAUGAGAUGCAAAUGGGAUACCGAGAUUUCUGCAAGAGCUUCUUCCCUUUACAACCUUAUCGACAUACAUAGUAAAACUGUUGCGUCCAUGGUUAAUCAGGCAGAACCCCUUGAAGCAAGCUUGAUAUGUGCAUCAGUUCGGAAGGGUGCACCUCUGAAUGGUAUGAGGCAAACAAGUUCUACAGGUACAAAGAUUUCUAAAGGCAAGGAAAAUUCAUCUUUACAGGCCAAGGGUGAAAGUUCAGGAACAUCCAGAGAAUGUGAGAAAACUGUGAUGUUAAACAACAAUGUCACCAACACAUCGGAUGCAAGGGUUGCGAAUUUUCCUGAAGAUGCAUCAGAUCUGGCAAAUUUUCUUACAACUGAUCGCAGAAUGGGUUACAAUUGUAGGGCACAAGCUCCUCUAAGAUCUGUACUUGCAGAGAAACAAGAACUAUGUUUCUCUGUUGUAUCACUAUUGUGGCACAAGUUGAUUGAAGCACCAGAAACACAAAUGUGUGCUGAAAGUACAUCUGCGCAGCAGGGUUGGAGACAGGUCGUGGAUGCCCUUUGCAAUGUCGUUUCAGCUUCCCCAACAAAAGCAUCAACUGCCAUUGUUCUUCAGGCGGAAAGGGCUUUACAGCCAUGGAUUGCAAGAGAUGAUGAACAAGGACAAGGAAUGUGGACAAUGAACCAAAGAAUAGUUACUUUAAUUGUGGAAGUUAUGAGAAAUCAUGAUAAUCUUGAAGCAUUAGUUAUUCUGGCAAGUGCUUCGGACCUUCUUCUCCGUGCCACAGAUGGAAUGCUUGUCGAUGUGGAAGCUUGCACCUUGCCACAGUUAGAGCUCUUGGAAGUAACAUGUAGAGCAGUUCAUCUUGUGGCAGAGUGGGAAGAGCCAGGUCUGGUCAUUGCAGAUGGACUUUCAAAUCUGCUGAAGCGCCGGUUAUCCGCGACAAUCCGCUUCCUUUCUCAUCCAAGUGCACGCGUCCGAGCUCUCAGCCUCUCAGUUCUUCGUGGCAUCAUGCGCAUCAAUCCAAUGAAAUCCAACAUUUUGAAUAAUGGAGCCUACGGUUGCGUAAGCAUCAGAACCGUCAACUGGCAAGAAGAUAUUGACAAGUGCAUAGGAUGGGAAGCUCACGGUCGUCAAGCCACUGGUUUGAACCUUGAUUACUUGGAUUCUGCAGCAAAGGAAUUAGGCUGCCCUCUUACCUUGUAGUGAUCUUGAUUAGUGACGAUAGGUGGAUAAUCAUUGAGGCACUUCGACAGUCGACAGCCUAGUUUUUUAUAUAUUUGGUUUGAUGCCAUUUCAGGCUCAAACCAGUCUUUGUUUUCCAAAGUUUAUAGAUUUAAUUAUGUUGGAAGAAGAUUGCUUGGCUAGGGAGAUGGUCAGGAUUUUCUUCUGUCGUAGGUAGGGAGCAAUCUUGUCGUCGUGUCCUUGUAAUAACCUUAAUUGAUGCUACUGCUGGUAAUAAAAUGUCAAUGCUUUCUAUGA